AAAACCGUCUGUUAGGGACGAGUUUCGUUUGGUGGUCUGCUGUGCGGUGAGCAUCGAGGUGCCUUCAAAAAACCAAGUUCAGAUUCAGAUCAAUCACCAAAAUCAUUCAGGGCCCAAUAGCACGUCACACAUGCUUUUCGUUUGGAACGAAAGACCGCAAGACAAAUCCAUCCAGCUAUCCAACCUGCGAAAGCGAACGGGCGUUGAGUCGCUCGAUCGAUAGAACCAUGAAUAUACCCCCGCCGCCACCACCACCGCCGCCGCCACCGCCGCCGCCGCCGCCGCCACCCACCAACGAAGGCGUGCAUGGUGCUCUAGACAGUUCAAUGCCUCCCCUUCCCCCACCCAUCGUGGUAAGUUUCAUUAUUCUCAGUGGCAAUAUAAUCUUUACUCGGAAAUUKCAGCUGUUUGUAUUAGUAAAGAUGCCUCGAACAAAAGAAGCCAUUUGCAAACAUUUUGAGAAUUCGAAGUUGCGUGUUUUGUUUACUUGUCCUACCGCACUUGUACUUUUGAUCUUCUCCACGACAACUACACUUCGAGUUGUGAGUCAUCAUUAUUGCGCGAUGCUGACGCUUCUACUUUUCUCAUCUGCCGAUAGACAUUCACAGGGGAAGAGGAGGCUGCAAUCAGAAACGCCUUAUUGUCUUCGUGCAAAAUUUUGGAGGAGGCACGAUGUCUGAAAUCGGAAAGUGAAGCCAAUCUGAUGAUGUCAUCUUCCUUGUUGUCGAAUAACGGAAAGGCGGAUGUAGAUAUUUCUGAUUUACCUGGAGGUGUUCAGGACGCUUGGGUUGCCCUGUCGAAUAUUACCCAGCCGGCGAGGGGAAACAGCAGCACAGUGGAUACACCUUCCAUAAGCCUUCAGGACAAAGAUUCUCAAAAGUCGUCGACAAUUUUGCCCAUCGGCCAGGGACAACUCGGAAAGGUAGCUGCCGUGGCAGCCUUGUCGUCGUGUAUCCAGCGCACGAGCCAGCUUUCCAAUCGCAUUUUUCAGGAACAACAACGCGAUGGAACAGUUCUCAAAUCAGCAAUCGAAACGRCAAAGAGAAAACAUAUAUCGUCGUCCAGCAGUAGUAAUACCCAAGCCACUGCUGCAAUGACCAACCUUUGGAUGAGUGUACUAGAUGACCGACUUCGCGAGAUCAGAUCCUAUCAUGCCCGUCACUCGAGCAACGAAGUUACUCCAAACAAUCGAAAUUUUCUGUUUAUGAACAAUCGUAUCAAYAAUUCGAACAAGCGAGCGCGAUUGGGAAAUCCUGGUGCAGACGGUUAUGAUCUGGCAUCAAGUUUGGUAGAAAGCUUAAGUGGGAUCAAAGAGGGAACCUCGUUUUUGUCGGAAGAAGUUAUGGGUAAAUAUUUAGAUUUGCAACCAAUAUACGAAUCAUAUGUGCUGCCGAUYAAGAGAAUCAUGAUGAAGGAGCCAUCGUCAUCCUUUGGAAUUGUCGACUUUUUGGCGUUUCUCUCAAAGGGAGAAAGCGGUCUGAUUGAGGGGAUUCCAGAAAAUUCAAAACUUAAGCAUCGAAAGAAAUAUGUUCGAUUCCUCGCCGCGUUGGAAAAUUAUUUGGAGGAAUUCUUGAAACGGAUUCAACCUCUCUUGUCAAAGAAUCAAGUGACGCAGGCAGCGGUAAACGCCUUCGAAGAMACAUGGAGCAAACAGGGAGGAAGCCCGGGCUGGGAGGCAAAGCCCAGCGAGGCAGUUCUCGUAAAUCGGGAAUCGUCGUCRACAAAAGGGACUAGUAACGCUCCUAACGAUGGAGCAAUAAACGGAUCCGUUCCCAAGAUUGAUCUAUCAUCCUAUGCCACAGCUGCCGAUUUAGAGAAAGCACUGAACGGUGAUUUGCUGAAAGCUGAACURACUCGACUAGGAUUAAAAUGUGGGGGCACGGUCACAGAUCGAGCGAAAAGGUUAUUUUUGACAAAAGAUACCCCAUUGAGUGAAUUGCCCAAGAAAUUAUUUGCUAAGAAAAAGCCAACGACAACCGAAUCAAGUAACGAGAACACUGGCGUAACUAGUACAGCCCAUGUCAACGUCAAAAAUGAGCGACGGGUCGAUAUAGCGAAGCGAGAAGUACUAGUGAUGGCCUAUAUCAAUCAAUUGAAACCAGUUUUAGAGGCAACAUUGCGACGUACAGGACGACGCGAAACUCAGACGACAAAAGAACGUGAAAAGGAAAURGAUGAAGAUCUUCAUGGRUCAGCCAUUGAAGAAUCCAAGAAGAAAACUUCUGGAGAAGGGAAGUACGAUAGCGAUGACGACACUGACGACGAAGACGCCCCGAUUUAUAAUCCGAAAGGGGUGCCAUUGGGUUGGGAUGGCAAGCCAAUUCCAUAUUGGUUGUUCAAACUCCACGGCCUAAAUCACUUUUACCCGUGUGAGAUUUGUGGCGGCGAGUCGUAUCGGGGGAGAAAGAAUUUCGAGCAACACUUUGCAGAGGCCAGACAUUCGUAUGGUAUGAAGUCUUUAGGGAUACCCAACACAAAGCAUUUCCACGGUGUCACGAAAAUCGAAGAUGCCCAAAACCUAUGGGAAAAACUGAAGGAUCARCUACAGCAAGAUCAGUUUGAUGGGACCAAAGGAGAAGAGUACGAGGACUCCCACGGAAACGUUUUAUCGAGAGCUACAUACGAAGAUUUGGCMCGCCAGGGUCUACUUUGAGACGAAACUUAUCGCCCCAAUUCACGACGUCCAGAGAUAAUCGUUACUGGAGAAAUAUUUAUUUUUCUAUCGCAUGCUAACUCCAAAAUAAAACGUUCAAUAGUGU